AUGUUUUUAAACAAAAUUGUUGGUGCUGCCCGUGAAUCACUUCUAGAACAACUUGAUCAGUAUUACAGAUUAGGCGUGUCUUGUUUACUCCUAAGUCCGACAAUCAGAUCUAUCCUUGAACCAGCCCUUUACAAUCUGUCAUUGGUGAUCCCCUCAUCAGAGGGACAGUGUAACGAUAUUUCAUGUAAUGAUGGUUGUAUUUUGAGGGAAAUUGUGAUGUUGAGAUUUGAUUUUUAUGAUGAGGUUGUAGAUGUAAAACAUUUUAUUUUUAAAAAAUCUGUUGACACGGUGUUACAUUUGUCACUGUCACCAUACCAAUCAGUAACAUUACAAUACUUGACAGCUGAUUGUCUUGUUCAAGCAGCCUUUAUGAUUGUAAACAGUGUCCACUAUUUUAAGCAUAAAUAUGUGUACUGCUUGGACAGAAAAAUUUGCAACAUGUUGAAAUUAUCCUUACAGGUAGGAACCAUCCCCCAUUCACUGUAUUUAGCUUUGUAUUACCAUAGGACAGGGAGAUAUAAUGAAGCACUGUAUAUAACUAACCAAACUAAACGAAGACUAUCAGAGCCCCAUGUUAUGCAUAACGGUAUGGGAGAUAGUUAUAGAUACAGGGAAUAUGUCAGUGGUCUGUCUUUGUCUAAGAGAAUUAAAAAUGCUUGGGUAUUGCCAAUUAUAUUUCAUCCUAAGAUUUGCUAUAUUGAAGAAUUAACAUUAGAACAAUUGGCUGCAUUUCAACAUUCACGCUAUUUACAAAUUCCACCAUGUGUAAUAGUAGAAAUGUUGUCAGUGUUAUCUCACAAUAGACUGGGUAAUAGAUCUCAGUGUUUACAGUCACUGACAGACCUACAGACACUGAUGCUCUAUGAUGAUGAGAGAUAUGUUCCUUUAGAAAGGAGAAGUAUUUCCUGGCAGAUACUGGGAAUCUGUCAGCAAGUUGUGGGAGACUUACACGGGGCUUUACAGUCUUAUGAAGUAUCGCUUAAACAGGAGCCAUUCCACUUUAUACAAGAAGCUACAAAUUCUAGAAUUGAAUGGGUUAAACAACAAUUACAGAGAGAUGUUGACAUGUAA